ACUAUAUUUGAUAUACCCCCACCAGCUUCAAAUUCCUCUGAGCAGCUAGAGAAACCAGCUGACAGUGAGAAAAAGCAGCAGGCAGCCGCUGUGGUGAGGAGAGAGAGAGAGAGAGAGAGAGAGAGAGAGAGAGAGAGAGAGAGAGAGAGAGAGAGAGAGAGAGAAAAAUAAAUAACAGAUAAUUAGAUCCAGUUGAGAUAGUGGGCGGAUCAAGAUAAGGCAGUUAUAGAAGGCACCCCUAUCCUGUAGACAAAAUAACUAUCCUAUUAUUAAAUGUGUUUCCUUACAGAGACACCAGCCAGACAAUAUCUACAAAUUGUCAAGUGUGAUCUCACAUCUGGGAGACAACAUGUAUACAGGCCACUACAUCAGUGAUGUUUUGGACAGCCGUGGCAGUGGGUGGCUCUGCCUGGAUGACGCACAUGUCUUGAGGACAGAUGAGGCCACUGUGCUGAAGGCGAUUGCACAGACUGCCUACAUCCUGUUCUAUGUCUGCAGUGGAGCAGGUGAAGGAGACCAGGCCCCUCACUACCAGGAGAAGCACCAGGAGAACCCAUCAUUAAACUCAGGGAGAGGCACAGCGCUCAGGGACCACCUGGAGUAGCACGUACCACACACCAAGAAACAGAUUCAUCGAAUUAGGCUGCCCUACACCACCAUCAACUGCCUUAGACCACCAUCAAGCUGCCUUAGACCACCAUCAGGCUGCCCUACACCACCAUCAAGCUGCCCUAGACCACCAUCAGACUGCCCUACACCACCAUCAAGCUGCCCUAGACCACCAUCAAGCUGCC